GUAGGCUCUGAACUCGCUUGACGGCAAGGCUGCCCGAAGUAAAAGAACUGCCCGACUCCAUCUCUGCUUCUUCGGCAAAGUCCAACCGUCUCUCUUUUGCUUUCGUCAGUCGCACUCAAUUCUCCAUCUCCUGAACCUCCACAACAACUACCCUCUCUAGGCAAUCCGAGCAGAAUCGUCUCUUUCCUUCGCCUUUACUCCCUUCCCAGUACCACCGUACCAUCACCAUGAGCGAUGUAUUUGAAGGAUACGAGCGCCAGUACUGCGAGCUCUCCGCCAAUCUCUCUCGGAAGUGCAGCUCCGCUUCCGUUCUCCCCGAAGGAGAGGAGAGGAGGGAAAAAUUAUCGGAGAUAACAUCUGGAAUCGAAGAGUGCGAUGCCUUGGUCCGGAAGAUGGAUCUUGAGGCGAGAAGUUUGCAGCCGAGUGCCAAGGCCAUGCUUCUGGCUAAGCUGAGGGAGUACAAGUCCGAUCUGACUAAGUUGAAGAGGGAAUUCAAACGGGUUGCGUCCGGGAAUUCUAAUCAAGCUGCACACGAGGAGCUGCUGGAAUCUGGAUUGGCCCAUCCUAAUGCGGUGUCUGGAGAUCAAAGAGAAAGAUUGACUAUGUCAAUAGACAGACUAAAUCAGUCAAGUGAUAGAAUUAAGGACAGUAGAAGAACCGUGCUGGAGACAGAAGAACUUGGUGUCACGAUUCUUGAAGAUUUGCACCAACAGCGCCAGACGCUGCUACAUGCACAUAACAAGCUGCAUGGGGUGGACGAUGCCAUUGACAAGAGCAAGAAGGUGAUAACAUCCAUGUCUCGGAGAAUAUCCAGAAACAAGUGGAUCGUUGGCUCGGUCAUUGCCGCCCUUGUGUUCGCAAUCAUACUCAUAAUCUCCUUCAAGGUCUCUCACUAGCUUCGCAUUAGCAGCCAUUACUCUGUGUUUGUGCAAAAGUUGUACUAUCUGUACUCUAGUAUUGCAUAUUUCAUGUCGUGUAUAGAAUCCCUCUGAGACUCUCUGAUCU